CCAAAUGGCCACUACCUUCUCCAGAAUCCACACCACACCAACAGAGAAUGGAAGAACCACCUUCUUCAUUUUCUGUUUCUCCUCUUUUAAUCUCUCACCUACUUUAUCUCCUCCUUCUCUACCUUUAAACCAAAACUCUCUUCACUUUCUGCAGAUUCCAUCAUUUCUUCAAUAAAUUCACAUUUAUUUUUUCAAUUAAUUCCUCUAUGGGGGCUGCUAUUUCUUCAACUGCAGUAGAAAAAAAUGAUGAAGGAUCUAAUUCUACAUCACCAAGGUCUGGUCUUGGUGAUAUCCCAGAGAGCUGCAUCUCCUCACUGUUCAUGAAUCUUGACCCACCAGAUAUUUGUAAAUUGGCCAGAGUAAACAGAGCUUUUCACAGAGCUUCCUCAGCUGACUUUGUUUGGGAAUCAAAGUUACCGCCAAGCUACAAGUUUCUUGCCAAUAAAAUUCUUGGUGAAGAAAAUCUUGCUUCCAUGACUAAGAAAGAGAUUUACACAAAACUGUGUCAGCCCAAUCGCUUUGAUGGUGAUAACAAAGAGGUUUGGCUGGACAAAUGCAGUGGACAGGUUUGUUUGUUCAUGUCAUCAAAGUCCUUGAAGAUAACAGGAAUAGAUGAUAGAAGAUACUGGAACUACAUUCCAACUGAGGAAUCCAGGUUUAAGAACGUUGCCUAUCUUCAACAAAUGUGGUGGGUUGAAGUGGUAGGGGAGCUAGAGUUUGUAUUUCCUGUGGGGAGUUACAGCAUAAUUUUCAGACUCCAAUUGGGCAAGGCUUCCAAAAGAUUGGGCCGGCGCGUCUGCAACGUUGAUCAAGUGCAUGGCUGGGAUCUUAAGCCCGUCCGAUUCCAACUCUCCACAUCCGACGGCCAGCGUUCACUCUCAGAAUGUUACUUGAGCGGGCCAGGAGAGUGGGCUUACUACCAUGUUGGGAAUUUCAUAGUUGAACAGCCCAAUGAGCCCAUCAAAGUCAAGUUUUCUCUGGCCCAAAUUGAUUGCACUCAUACCAAAGGUGGCCUCUGCAUAGAUAGUGCCAUCAUUUGCCCAACUGACUUUAGAGAAAGACUCAAACAUCUUUAACUUGUUGGGCGUAACUUUUCCCACCAUCCGCUUUUCUCUAUGCCGUUGGAGCGUGAGAAAAACGGACGUGAGAAAAACGGAUGGUGAGAAAAGCUUUGAUUCUAUUGAAUGUGAAUAUGAUGCUGUAAGAGAAAAGGACCAGGCAAUUUUUCCCCAAAGUAUGUUGGUAUUUGUGGAAAGUAGUCGCCCUUGUUUUAGUUGGGUUAGAGUC